GGUAUGACUCUGAUCAUAAUGAAUCUAUAAAGUCCAAGUCAGAAACUUUCGUUUCGUACCCCUGCGCGCGAUGAUGAACUUUGACGUUACUCCAGUUGAAGUAGUCACUCGUGAAUUCGUGGUAGUCAUCCUCGCGGGAUUUGGGAACGAAUUACUCCCUUUGACCGGCGAACAUGGUGAUGAGCCCUGUCCAAAGGCGUUGCUUCCGAUUUCAAAUAAGCCUAUGCUCGACUAUCCCCUGUCAUGGGUCGAGCAAUCUGGCAUCAAAGAUGUCCUUUUGAUCUGUCCUUCAUCCCACCGCCCUGCAAUAUCACAUUAUAUCCAUUCACAGUCUUCAUCUGCAUCCUUCUUUUCCGUUCAUAUUGACCUCCAGACUUUCGAUGAAUCGCAGGAACUAAGUGCAGGGACAUGCUCCGUACUUCGCCAUUUCGCCAACCGCAUCAAGGAGGACUUCAUUCUCAUCCCUUGCGACUUCAUAACGCCACCUUCCCUACCCUUAUCAAAACUUCUCAACAAGUUCCGCACGGACACGAUGUCGGAUGGUUCCAUUGUGACUUCGUGUUGGUAUGAACACAAACCAGACAAGCAAUCCACUCCAGAUGAGUGGGGUUCUCCAGCACAACCAACUCCGAUUGUAUGGGAUCAACUCACUGGGACCCUGUUAUAUGUAGAUAGUCCGUACGAAACUGAUAAAAACGGCGAUGAGCUGGAGUUGCGGAUGACCUUACUCUCAAGAUAUCCACAGGCAAAGUUGUCUUCGAGGCUGCUAGACUCCCAUGUUUACGUCUGUAAACGCGCUGUGCUCGACUUGUUGGCCCAAAAAACUCGGUUUGACUCUCUCAGAGAAGACUUCUUUCCUUGGUUAUGCAAAUUGCAGUACCAAUCAACUAAGCGGGAAAAAUAUGCUACGAGCAUUCGAAUAGGAAUUAUAAUUCACCGAGCGGAUGACGGGUUCGCUAUUCGCGUCAACAAUCUACCAGCGUACCUCGAAGCAAAUCGUCACUUCGUGGCUGACACCUCCAUUGGAGACUUCACACGUGUCGAAGAGAAGUCAACCAUUAAAAAAUCUACCAUAGGAAAACAUUGUGUCAUAGGAAAGAUGGUGAAGAUUGUGGGAUGCGUUCUCCUGGAUCAUUGUGUGAUUUCUGAUGGGGCGAAGCUGGAUGGAUGCAUUUUGGGUAAUAGUACUAUUGUAGGAUCGAAAGCAGAGUUGGUACGAUGCGUUACCCAGGCUGGAUACGAAGUAAAAGAUAAUGAAUCAGUGCGACACGAGAAGCUUGACAUUUCAGACUGGGCCGCACAGCCAGAAGACAGCGAAGGCGAUGUUGAAGGCAGUACAGGAGAGGAAGAAAGUGAUGAAGACGAAGACUAACCAGCCAGAACCACGUACUUUCGGUGGAAGGCCUGUAUACAGUGCAUAGACAAUGUGAACAUUAUGUUGUCGUCUGAUUUCCAAGACCUAUGCAGAUUGUGAUCCUCGCGCAGGCUUCCUCAUGUCCUGUCUCCCCUUUGUCAACGUUCUUUGCUGGCUCACCAACCGUUACCCCAGCCCCACCGUCAAGCUUGAUUUUCAAUUCUGUUUUUUGUACGAUAUGAAAUGACACGUGCGCCGUUCCUUGCUCUUUAACAUAUCUGCACUCAGUGGUGACUUGCAAGAGCUAUGUGUAGAAAAGAUCUAAGUGACUCGUCUAUUCUGCCAGUGAACGCACUUGGCGCUCAG